AUGGCAGAUAUUAUGAAGAAAUACAAGGCAGUGGUGAAUGAUUUGAAGGGAAGAAUUCAGACGUAUGAAGAUGGUAGUGUGGAUAAAACAGUUGUUCAGAGAUUAGAGAAUAAGAUACGAGAUCUAGAGGCCAGACUUGAUCUAGAGACCACAAACAAGCAUAGAUUAGAGGUCCAAGUGAACAGAAUGAAGGAGCAGGCAGACAGAUUUUCAGAAGAGAAGGAACAAUUGACGUCUGCUAAAUCCCAGGCAGAAGAAAAUAUCAAAAAGGUUCAGAGAAACCUACGAGAUUUGAGAGAAGAAUUCUCAGAUAAAGAAAAUGAAAACAAGGUAGCAGAAUUGGAGGGUGAUUUCGAGCAAAACCAGUCUGACCUCAAACUUGCCUUCAAGAGAAUAGCUGACCUUCAAGCAGCCCUUGAGGAAGGUCUUGACAGUGAUGAUGACUUUUCUGAUAGUGAUGUAGAGGAUGAGGAUUCUGGGUCGGAUAUUGACACUUUUUUAGCGAAACAUAAACGCUCGCCUUUAGGUGCCCGACGGAGAAGUUUAGAGAGUGAUACACGAUCGUCAAGGUUGAACUCGGCAUCAAGUGGCCUCACAGACACACCUUCUAGUCCUAGAUUAACCAAUAGUAUAGAACAUAGUGAUGCCUGACCACACUGCAUCUAGGAGAUGAUUUUUUCAUUUACCAAAUUCCCGGGCACGUGCAACUAAAUCUCUCUACAGGAAAUUUUACUGAGGAUUCAACAGCAACUGAACUUUGACCUUUCAUUAUAUAGGUCAAGGUGAUAAAUCAAAAUAUUGAUAAAUUCUCUGAUUACAUAUAUGGAGAUUAUUAUGUAUAAAGUGGCAGCUUAAUAAAAAGCAGAGAACUAUGUCCUAGUUUUGUGCUUUCAAGGCUUGGCAGACGCCACAUAAUCACAAUUUUGUAAUGUUACUAUUUAUAGUAUCAAAGAUAAUGUAAAAAAGGUAUUAUAUUGAAUAUGCUGGUUUGACUGAUACAAAAAUAGCGAGCUUGAAAAAGGUCAAGUGCCAAAUGUAAAAGGUCAAGGUCAUAAUGUAAAAUAUGUCACAUGACUUUAAAUGAAUUAUAUGACCUUAUGCAAAAUGAAGUGUGACAUUAAAUUUGUGAUACUGUGUUAAUGUGAUUACAUGUAGUAAGGGAAAAAUAAUGUCAACAUUUAACAGUUAUUUGUAGCUUAUUUUCUUAUUAAUUAACAUAUUAUUUUUCAAUUUCUUGUGAUGACAGAUCAUUAAAUGGCAUGCAAACAUACAUCCUUUUCAUGGGAAAGAUAUUAUUAUUGUUCCCAUAACCAUUUGUGUUUGGACAAUAGACAGGUAAAAUUGUCUGAGGGAAGUAAUUUUUCUAUUCCUGGUCAAACCGUAAAGGGGUUUGCUACUUUAAUCAUUUAAUUAUUUUCUUUUAAAAUAUGUAAAUUUUAUUUUUUGGGGAAAUCAGAUGUUUUUCUAAAUUGCCAUUUUAGUAAGGUAAUGAAUGCAUUAAAUACUAAAAUAUAUUUAUGUGAUUAUGUAGUACUAAUGGAACAAUGUUUAAUCAUUUUUAACUUUAUUAUAUUGUAAGUGCAUGUUUUUGAAUUUUCUUUUUUUUCCUGUUCAAUUGAAUUGAACACAAUUUUUAACCAUCUUACAUGACUUGAUUUAAGGAAUAGACUUUCUAUGUUAUAGUAAAAGUAAAAAUGAACUACAAUUGUAACAGGUUUACUUUUGUAAAGAGAACUACAAAAAAAUCAUAAAAUAAGAAAAAGAGUUGAGCAAUUCAUACAAUACUUGAGAUUAAGAAAUCUUCACUGAAUGUCAUUCAAAUAAUUAUGUCAAGUCAUUUAGAUUUAAUAUGUUUUUGCAUAGGUGUAUGUAAAGAAGCAUAAAUGAUCAAUAUUAACUGUACAUGUAUAAUACAAUGUAUGUACAAGUAUAUGCAUUUACAUGUACACAUACAUGUAUAAGUGUUGGAAGUGUGACUGUAGCAGUGCUGUUGUAUAUAAAUUCAUGUACAUUAUAUGGUAUAUUUAAGUAACUGUUUUAAUUAUAUUUAUGAAAUAUCCAGUCUAAAAUGGAAUAAAGAAAAUCUUGUAAACUAAA